AGUAUGCUGCCAGCUGGUAAGCAGAGCUGACGUCCCGCGCCCGGCGGUUUCCCCACUUCGCGCGUUUUCCCUCAUUUUCGCGAUCAUCACGUAAUCAAAUACCCAGUGUCCUUAUGAAGGAAGUAAUUUUAGAUCUACUUUGGGAGCUCUCUAACAGCCGGUGUUUUCAGGAUAAUAAUUUUUACCGAAUAAUAGAGCGGUUAACCCAAGAAUGAAACGCAAUGAGUCCGUGAGGAGCGUUCAAAGGUUCAGUAGGGACCAUCAGCGGCCGGCGUUGGCGCUGAGCUUUCGCCAGAACUCGCUUACGAUCGGCUCGCUCGCUCAGCACUCCGCUUAUCUUGCAGAGAAAGCCUACAAGGAGGAAACAGCGGAAAGACGUGGCACUAUCUACGAAUCGGAUCCCAAUAGUCAAGCACCAGCGGUUUCUUGGUUUAGGCUUUUCAGGUUCGCAAAGCCAUGGGAGUUCAUUCUGUUGUUCGCGGGCAUCAUCUUCGCCACCCUCAGCGGGCUGUUCGUGCCGGUGGGCGUCAUCAUCUACGGCGAGUUCACGUCGCUGCUGAUCGACCGCACGGUGAUGAACGGCACGUCUACACCGACCCUAACAAUCGAGUGGUUCGGCGGCGGCAGGAUACUUACAAACGCGAGCCGCGAAGAGAACCGUCGGGCGUUGUAUGAGGACUCGCAGGCUUUCGGCAUAGGAUGCACCGUGUUCUCCGUACUGCAGUUCAUUGUGUCGGCGAUCAGUGUGGACUUGUUCAACUACGCUGCGCUUAGACAGAUUGAUAGAGUAAAAAAAAGAUUCUUAGAAGCCGUGCUACGUCAAGAUAUCACGUGGUAUGACCUGAAUACAUCUAUGAAUUUCGCGACGAAGGUUUCAGAUGACGUGGAGAAAUACCGCGAAGGUAUCGGCGAGAAAGUGCCAAUGUUCGUGUAUCUGGUGAUGUCCUUCGUGACGGCUGUGAUCAUAUCGUUUGCGUACGGCUGGGAGCUGACGCUGGUCAUCCUGUCGUGUGCACCCAUCAUUAUAGCUACUACUGCUAUUGUGGCAAAGGUGCAAUCAUCACUGACUACUCAAGAGUUGAAGGCUUACAGCAUCGCUGGGGUUGUUGCGGAGGAAGUGCUGUCAGCGAUACGGACAGUCGUCGCCUUUGGCGGUGAAGAGAAAGAGAUACAAAGAUACGAAAAACGCUUACAUCCGGCGAAGAAAAUGGGCAUACGGAAAGGGGUGUACUCAGGGAUAGGCAGCGGCGUGAUGUGGCUAAUCAUCUACGCCACAUACGCGCUCGCCUUCUGGUACGGCGUGGCCCUGAUCCUGGACAGCAGGCACGAACCAAACCCGGUCUAUACACCCGCUGUUCUCAUGAUUGUAUUCUUCAGUGUGCUCCAAGGUGCCCAAAACGUUGGUCUAACGGCUCCACAUCUCGAAGCGAUGGCCAGCGCUCGGGCAUCAGCGGGAGCGAUAUUUGCCGUCAUUGACAGGAAGCCCACUAUUGACAGUCUUUCGGAAGAGGGCAGCAAGCCUGUAUUGGAUGGGAAUAUGGAGUUAAGAGACGUGUACUUCAGAUAUCCCGCUCGACCAGAUGUUCAGGUCCUAAAUGGCCUUUCCCUGAAGAUACGCCGCAAUGAGACAAUAGCGCUAGUAGGGGCUAGUGGAAGCGGCAAGUCCACAGUGCUGCAACUGCUGCAGAGGAUGUAUGACCCUGACGUUGGAGCGGUGAACGCGUCAGGGUAUGACCUCAGGGACCUCAAUGUGCAUCACUUCAGGAGUCAUGUCGCUGUUGUUGGACAGGAACCGGUGCUGUUUGCUGGCACUAUCAAGGAGAAUAUUCGAAUGAGCAACCCACAAUGCACAGAUGAGGAAAUCAUCAUGGCUUCAAAACAAGCAUACUGUCACAGUUUCAUCAAGCACUUACCUAAUGGAUACGACACAUCAAUAGGUGAAAGAGGUGCCCAACUAUCAGGAGGACAGAAGCAACGUAUUGCGAUCGCUCGUGCCUUAGUGAGGAAACCAAAGAUCCUGAUCCUGGACGAAGCUACUUCUGCAUUGGAUUCUCAGAGUGAAGCCAAGGUGCAGAGGGCGCUGGACGCCGCGGCCGCCGGCAGGACCACCAUUAUGGUGAGCCACAGAUUAGCAACUGUACUUAACGCAAACCGAAUUGUGUUCAUCGAGAAAGGCGAAGUGGUAGAAGAUGGUACGCACGAAGAACUAAUGGGACUCAGAGGUCGUUACUACCAGCUUGUGUUAGAAAACGAACCGAGUAUUGCGCCUGAUGCCAACGCCCCAGAAAGUGCACUAAAACCUAAUACUAAUUCAACCACAGAUGCUAAGAUGCGAAGACCGAAGUUAGAGAAACUAGUCUCUCUUGAUUCAAUGACGAGUGUUGAUAUUGACGAAGAUUCAGUUUCCGAAGACGAAGUGGAGGCAGAACCGAAGGAGCCUAAAGAAUAUGAGCCCACAACUUGGGAGAUUAUGAAGCUGUGUGAACCAGAAAAAUAUCUAAUGGCCAUUGGGAUUAUCGCUGCGAUCGCCGUCGGAUCUUCCUUUCCAUGUUUUGCCAUCCUUUUCGGAGAGACUUAUGGUCUAUUGGAGAGUAAAGACGAAGAUUACGUACGCGGUGGUACCAACGUGAUUGCAGCGCUGUUCCUAUUGGUUGGCGUCUAUACUGGCAUUGGUAUAUUCUUCCAAAUCUAUAUCUUCAACUUGACCGGCGUCAGGCUUACAGCGAGGCUCAGGGUAGCAGCUUUUCGAACAAUGCUGGCACAGGAGAUGGGAUGGUUCGACCACCCUCUGAACGGCAUUGGUGCUCUUUGCUCCCGCUUAGCUGCAGACGCGGCCGCUGUGCAGGGGGCAACUGGUACAAGAAUAGGCGCACUAAUGCAAGCAACAGCAACAAUAACCAUCGGCAUUCUAGUAUCUAUGUACUUCACAUGGAAAAUGACGCUGGUGUCGUUGGUGUCGGUGCCGAUGGUGAUCAUCGCCGUAGUGCUGGAAGGCCGCGUGCUGGCUGAGGGCGUCGUGACGAUACGCGAGGCGGCCAACAGGGCGACCACCAUCGCGACUGAGGCCAUCACCAAUAUUAGGACUGUGUCUGCGUUUUGUGGUGAAAAGAGUAUACUCGCUCGGUAUGACUCCGCGGGAGCAAACGCACGGGUAGCGGCGCAGAAGAGUCUCCGUUGGCGCGGCUGCGUGUUCGCGUUCGGGCAGACUGCUCCCGUGGCCGGCUAUGCGCUGUCGCUGUGGUACGGCGGCAUACUUGUGGCGGACCGGGAGGUACCGUACAAGGAUGUUAUCAAGGUCUCCGAAGCGCUUAUAUUCGGCGCUUGGAUGAUGGGUCAGGCUUUAGCGUUUGCGCCCAACUUUGGCGCGGCCGUAAUGGCUGCGGGCCGUGUCAUGACUCUUCUGGCGAGAAAACCGCUCAUCGAUAGUACCCACGCUCCGUCCGUAUCUGAGAAUUAUGUUGCAGACGGUAAAAUUCACUACAAAAACAUCAAGUUCCGCUAUCCAACGAGACGGGAAGUUCAAGUUUUACGUGGGCUUUCCCUAGCAAUCCCCAGCGGCAAACGUGUGGCUUUGGUCGGCCCGAGCGGGUGUGGGAAGUCAACCCUCAUACAAUUACUCCAGAGGCUGUAUGACCCGGAUGAGGGGAAUGUGUAUCUAGACGACCACAGCAUAGUGUGGGACAUGCGGCUGUCUACACUGCGCCGCAACUUGGGCAUCGUGUCUCAGGAGCCGGUGCUCUUCGACCGCACCAUCGCCGAGAACAUCGCGUACGGGGACAACACUCGAGACGUGCCGAUAGAGGAGAUCGUCAGUGCUGCGAAAUCCGCUAAUGUGCACACGUUCAUCGCUGCUUUGCCUGAUGGCUACAACACACGCAUCGGCGCGCGCGCAUCACAGCUGUCGGGCGGACAAAAACAGCGGAUAGCCAUCGCUCGCGCGCUCGUUCGCAACCCGCGCGUGUUGCUGCUGGAUGAAGCGACCUCCGCGCUUGACACGCACAGUGAACGGGUGGUCCAAGAAGCCUUAGACAGAGCGAGCGAAGGCAGAACGUGCCUCAUAAUCGCACAUCGUCUUGCUACCAUCCAGAACGCUGACGUCAUAUGUGUCAUCGACCAGGGAGUUGUCGCCGAAAUGGGCACCCACAGUGAACUGAUCGCCUUGAAGAAAAUAUACGCAAAACUCUACGAGCUGCAGUGCGGCUUUGUAGAGGAGAGCGAAGAGAAUUUAGCUGAAGAACAAAACUCCUAAAGCUUUAUUCAAAUCAGCCCCCCGAUUGGGUAAGAAAAACGUUUUCAUGGUUAUUCGUUAUCGUCAAGAAAUUCUGCCCUUUGAUUGGCUCUGAAAAAACGUAAACAGCGAAUGAACCAAUCAAAAGGCAGAAAUUGUUGACGAUAACGAUAACUAUGAAUACCAUGAUUUUUGUUACACAUUCGGAGGGCAGGACAACACUGCAGCUGCUAUCCUAUACCUAACUAUAAAGCGGUUGAUUGCGAAAGGUAGUUUUUGAGUUAUCGCCAAAAACGUGAGAAUUUUUGAAAAGUAGUGUUUCUAAAAAAGAAUUCUACGAAAGAUCAAUCAUCCGUCGUGUCUGUCAAGAGAACCCAUAGGGUACUUCCCGUUGACCUAAAAUCAUGAAAUUUGGCAGGUAGGUCUUAUAGCA